AUGAUAUUUCGUUUCUGGCGAGAAUUUUGGUUCAUUGUUGCUCGAGAGGCUUUGAAAAAGGAAGAAAAGACUAGAACAAAAGUCCCCGAUCUUCCUCCUCAUAAAUACUAUUCAUCCCAGCAAAUCUCUAUAUUUAAAGCAUUUGUCGCAGCUGAUUCUCGCAACUGGUAUGAUCUCUCUGGCCCAGCGGAUUGGUGGCUGGACUCGUACGAUUUUGGAAAACAUGGAUGGGAUAUUGAUAUUGGCAAAGUUUCCGGCUACAAAUUAGCUUAUGAGUAUUUCAAUGAAUACUCUGCGGUCAAUAUUCCAAAGAAGUUUGAACAAAUGAGAUGGGAUCCUGCCGAAUUCUAUCUAGCAGUCUGA